UUCGCCAGUUGUCGGUGAUUCUCCCCAGAAGUUACACCUUCACAUCUUUCUCGUCUCCUAAUAUUUCAUUGGAUUUAUAAUCCCAUUCUCCGAGUCGAUUCCCGUGCUUCUGUAUUUUACCAUUUUUAAUUCCUGUCACUUGAAUUUUUUAUUAAACCAAAAAGCAGCAAAAUAGAUUGAACAUGCGGGAAAUUGUACAUAUACAGACUGGCCAGUGUGGCAAUCAAAUUGGUUGCAAAUUUUGGGAAGUGAUAUCCGUGGAACAUGGCAUCGACGCUGAUGGAUGUUACAAGGGGCCUGAUAAAGGCACUCAGCUUGAUCGCAUUACAGUUUAUUAUGAUCAAGCAGCAAGAGGACAUUAUGUUCCACGUUCAGUUCUUGUUGAUUUGGAACCAGGAACCAUGGACGCUGCCAAAUCUGGAGGCUAUGGUCGUCUCUUCAGACCAGACAAUUACGUUUUCGGACAAAGUGGAGCUGGAAAUAAUUGGGCCAAAGGUCAUUACACCGAAGGGGCUGAGCUAGUUGAUUCAGUGCUCGAUGUAAUCAGAAAGGAAUCGGAGCACUGCGAUUGCUUACAAGGAUUUCAAUUGUGCCACUCGUUGGGAGGGGGUACUGGCUCGGGGAUGGGUACACUAUUGAUGGGAAAAAUAAAAGAGGAAUUUCCCGAUAGGAUUAUGACGUCUUUCAGUGUUGGUCCAAGCCCCAAAGUCUCAGAUACAGUUGUGGAACCAUAUAAUGCAACACUGUCAGUGCAUCAAUUGAUCGAAUUAACUGAUAACACAGUCUGCAUUGAUAACGAGGCUCUUUACAACAUCUGCUUCAGGACUCUGAAGCUUCCUAAUCCCUCCUACAAGGAUUUAAAUCAUCUCGUGUGUCUCACAAUGUCGGGUGUUACAACAAGUUUAAGAUUUCCUGGCCAAUUAAAUGCAGAUCUGCGUAAGUUGUCAGUGAACAUGGUGCCAUUUCCUCGUCUUCAUUUCUUCGUUCCUGGUUUUGCGCCUCUGACAGCCAGCUCCAGCCAGAAUUAUCGUUCAAUUUCAGUGGGUGAACUUACGCAGCAGAUGUUCGACUCCAAGAACAUGAUGACAGACUGCAAUCCCAAUCACGGCAAGUACCUCACUGUCGCGGCUAUUUUUAGGGGAAAAUUAUCAAUGAAGGAAGUUGACGAGCACAUGCUUAACGUCCAGAAUAAAAACUCAGCUAAAUUUGUGGAGUGGAUUCCCCAGAAUAUCAAGACAGCUGUCUGUGAUAUUCCUCCCACUGGCAUGCAGAUGUCAGGUACAUUCUUGGGAAAUACAACUUCGAUUCAGGAUCUUUUCAAGAGAAUUUCUGAGCAGUUCAAUGCCAUGUUUCGUCGCAGGGCUUUCCUCCAUUGGUAUACUGGGGAGGGAAUGGAUGAAAUGGAAUUUACUGAGGCUGAAUCAAACAUGUCGGAUCUUGUAUCUGAGUAUCAGCAAUAUCAAGAGGCUGAUAUUGACGAGGAAUUUACUGGUGGCGGUGGCGAGGAUGCUGAUGAAGAAUACACCGAUUAAAUCGUUUAUUUCGUACGCUAUUUAUUUAUCAGCAGUAUUUUUCUAUUUAUUUAUCAUUUUUUUUUCCGUCCAGGCGACAGAUUUAUUCGUUAUUAUUACUCUGUAAAAUUUGGAUUUGAGGGAAAAUUUCUGAUUAUGAUAUUUUUGUUGAAAAUUUUCCGAUAAAUAUUCCUAUGGAAAUUACUAUUUU